AUGAAACCUUUGCUUCAUAAUCACGAAACGGGAGUUUCUGAUUAUGGGUAUUCAAGUGAUCGUUUCAAACAGAAAGAGAAAUCCACUGGAGAAAGGAUUCAUGAAAUGGAGAUAGAAAGAAUGGAUUCCCAUCGAAGUUAUCAAAAAGGGUUUCACAAGCCGAAGCGCUCUGUUGAUGAGAAAUCUGGCGGGGAGAGAAUUCACGACGUGGGGAUCAAAAGAAUGAAUUCCCAUUACUUCAUGGAUCAUAAUUGUCAAACAGGCUUUCAGAAGCCGAGACUUUCUGCAGAUGAGUUAUCGGGGGGAGAAUUUUUUCAUGCCGUGGGGAUUAAAAGAUCAAAUUCCCAUCACAUUGGAGAUCACAAUGACCAAACGGUAUUACAAAUGCCUAGACUUUCUGCUGAUGGGUAUUCAAGGGAUUGUUUCGGCGAACUAAGGACAGUAAUCAGAGACAGCCUUGCUGGGCAAAAUCUUCUCCCGCCCAGUUGCAUCGAGGAAAGGGAUUUCUGCCAAAAAAGAGCUCCGGACUCAGCUCCUGGUAUUGCCUCCACUAGCUCAAGCCAAUCCUCAAUGGGUAACUCCCAUGAGUUUGCCUCUUCUAACAGUUCUCUCUCAUCAAAGGCUCCAAACAAGCCAAAAGGCUCAUAUUUGAUUGCCAAGCUUAUGGGUAUUGAAGAAUUUCCCAGGAAAUGGUUAGAACAUGAGAAGAUUUCCAGUCCGAGAAGAGCUGUGUUCAAUACUGACAUGCCUAAGGCAAGGAAGCCCCAGUCCGCUGCUUAUAAGGCGGAUACAGAACAGGUGAAACUGAAAGAAAUAGUUGAAACUAUGCACUUGAAAGGGCUUCUGAAAAGCAAUGCUGCUGAAGGGUUAGGGCUUCAAUACCGCCAUUCUAAUGUCUCUGACUCCAAAAAGAGGUUCAGUGAAGAUGCCCCACCUAUUGUUAUUAUGAGACCUUGGUGUAUUUCAAGUGCAGAGGAAAGAGAGCCUCGUCUGCAAAAGCUUAUUCGGGAGAUUGAAGCCCUUGAUAUGUCCGAUAGCCAAGGUGGUUUAAAUUCUGUUGACAUCUGUGGAAGAGUUAAAAAGGGGGAUGAAACUCCAACCAAAAGGAUUAGUCUAGAACGGGAUAAAGGCUCUAAAGUGGUACGAGCAAAACUGGAAGAAAUAUCAGUCAAGACUAAGGGCAAGUUGUCUUCUAAUAAGUCAAACCCUUCUGUAGCAGUAAAUCAGCAACAGAGGAAGAGGGAAAUUGAGAAGAGAGUUGAUAAGGUGCAAAAGGUGGCCCCUUGCAGGAAGAAACCGGAAGAAGUGGAGAAUGUGAAAUCUAAAGGCGCUAUCAAGUGGCAGGAUGAAGCCAAAGUGACCUCCCCAAAAGAAAGAAGACCUGAGGUGGGAUCGAUCAUUGCAAAGAGUCGUGUGUUCCAACAAAAAUAUACCUCUUCAAGCGUCAUUUCUAAACAUGCAAAACCAGCUGUACCCCAGAACAUUGGUGAUCGAAAAAAGAAUCGCAAUAAUGAAAGGCCAGUCAAGGCACCCUUGGCAGCUGAUUUUGUUGUGGAAAAUGAAAGCGUAGGAUGCAAAUAUGGUGACAAGCUGAUGUAUAUUAGUUGUGAAAAUGAAGCUGAUACAACAAUAAUCUACCCCACAGCUGCAGAUCAACCUCUCACUAAUGAAGGGACAGAUGCCUCUGAAAUUCAGAUUGACGAACAAUGCAAUAGCAGCCAGGAUUUUCCCGACGAUAUUCUACCGCAGACUACCCAACACGAAAGCUUCAAUGAAUCGGCUGAAGAAACCAAGCACUGCAUAAGUCAGAAGGUAGCUGAGAUGAUAUGCUUCAGAACAGAAACCAAUGCAGAAGACUUGAUCUUGAGCAGUCCAUCAUUCCUCAGUUAUGCAGAGGAAAUCUAUGAUAUCAACUCUAACAAUGCCAUACAUUUGAAGCCAACUAGCUUAAACAACCACGAAACCAAUGAGAGGAGACUCUUGUUGGACUGUGCAAACGAACUCAUGCAAUAUAGAAUCCUAAGGUGUAAAUUAACAACCUGUACAUCCAUUGUUACUCAUUCCCAUGAGCUGUUCAAAAUCCACUACUUCCCUAUCUCAAUUGGCGGAGGAAGUAAGCGAUGGAAUUGAGAAUCUGAGAAGCUACCGUAAGAAUUUCGGAGAGAAAUUUCACAAGGAUAGUCUAUUUUCAGUUGUGGAGAGGGACCUGAGGUGCCGGGGAGUGGUUAGUGGGGGAUGGGACUUGGGUUGGAAGCAUUCAUUUACGGUGGAUGAAGUAGAGGAAGCCAUCGGUGACGUAGAGAAGCUAGUUUUCAGUGAGUUGCUAGAGGAUAUGUUUGUAGAUUUUAUCCUUUAGCACUUCGUGUGUUUCCAAGGGUCUUGUUUUUGAGCUUUUAGAGGCUGCUUAAUGAUGUUUUCUGUGCAUAAGGAUACUAUAGUGAGUAAGGGGAAGUUAUUAUUGAUUGUGUUUGGGUUGUGCCCCCUUAAAACAUUCUUUAAUGCAAUUUCUCCAUUUCUGAUAAUAAAGAACAAAAAAUGUGGUGCAGAGA